GCUUCGGCAAAGUGGUGUGCUACGGAGACGGAUGCAAACGGUCACUAUAUCGGCGGCAAGUGGGGGCACUGCAAUGAUGCCUGCUUCGCGGAGGAGUCGAAAGCGGGUGAAGAGGAGGAGGUGGCCCAGGUGACGUACAGCAAGGUGGGAGCAGGCGUCUCCUGCGGCGAGGAGUCCUAUCGCAGCAAGGACUCCCCGGAGCAGUGCCAGGAGUGGUGCACGCAGAAUGAGGACUGCAAGGCCUUCGUGACCUUUGAAGACAGCCCAUGCGACAGCUGCCUUGCCUUCACGGACAACGACUGUUCGAUGGAGUACCAGAAGGCCAGCAACUGCACGGGCCAGAUCUCGGCGUAUAAGAAGAUUCUCCCACCAGAGAAGAAGAAGGGAAUGAGGAAGGAGGAGUGCACCGCAACCUUCACCUACAAGAACUGCAAGGAUGGCCAGGACGAUCGAGACAUCACCGUCGGUUUCAGUGCAGCCUUCGAGGGCUAUCCGUUGACCUACACGAUCGAGCAGCUUGGCGGUGAUAU